GGUCAGUCGUUCGUCCAGAUUGGGGUUUUCUUGUUGCUGAUCGUGUUUGUUUUUUUUUUUACCAAGGGGAUCCAAGGGACGAACAUGGCGGCGACGCAGGCGACGGCCGCCAGAAAAUUCCCAGAGGGUUUGCGCGUGCUUGCCGUCGACGAUAGCCCCGUUUGCCUCAUGCUCCUGGAGGCGUUGCUUCGCCGGUGCAAGUACCAACCGACGAUGACGAGGGACGCGGCGACAGCGCUACGGAUGCUCCGGGAGAGGCCGGGGGAUUUCGACCUGGUGAUUAGCGACGUGCACAUGCUGGACAUGGACGGCUUCAAGCUUCUCGAGCUCAUCGGCCUUGAGAUGGAUCUCCCCGUCAUCAUGCAAUCCGCAAAUGGGGAGCUUGAAACUAUGAUGAAGGGCGUGACCCAUGGGGCAUGUGACUACUUGGUGAAACCAGUGAGCCUCAAAGACAUCCAGAACAUAUGGCAACAUGUGUGGAGGAAGAGAAAGCUUGACAUAAGGAACCACAAUGGCGGUUACAACGACGGCGGUGAGCUGGUUGGCGCGACGCGGACCAAGAGGAAGUACACAAGGAAGAUGAGAAAUGAUGGAGAUAAUUAUGGUGAGAACAAAGAGAACAUGGAUUCAACUCUGAAGAGACAAAGGGUUGUCUGGACACCUGAGCUGCACCGGGACUUUGUCAUUGCCGUCCAUGAGCUUGGAGUUGAUCGUGCUGUUCCAAGGAAGAUAUUGCGGAUGAUGAAAGUGGACUACAUGACCAGAGAGAAUAUUGCAAGUCAUCUUCAGAAGUAUCGGUUAUACCUGAAAAGGAUCAGCACUCAAACAGGCAUGGAUCCUGAUCAAUUUCCUGAAAAAUGGAAGUAUAUGAAUGAACUGGAUGCUCUGAAAAAUUACUGUGAAAAUGGGAGAUACCGUCUAACCCCAGCCAUUGCCUCCUCAAGCUCGAGCAAUCCAUUUGCAAGGAUGAAUUCUGCAUCUGCAUUGGCAACAAAUGGCUUUCUGCCCACUCACUCAGUUCAGCUCAAGAACAGCCAGAGAAACAUGGCCAUGGGGACAGUUGGCCAUGGUGGAAGCCCGGGCAACAAUCCUGUGUUUCAGCCACUGCAGAACUCAUCAAAUGCAAGAAAGUGCUUCCCAUCUGGCCCAUCUGGGAGCUCAUUUGCAAACAUAUCAAAUGGCUUGGUGUUGGAUACAGACGAUUCUGGUAGCUCAUAUGCUGGCAUGUUCUGUAAGAGUAUGUGGGAGACAAGCAAUGGCUCUCCAUCUUGCCAUUCUGGCAACUCGUCUGCAAACAAGUCAAAUAAUGGGGUUUCGGCGCCUGCAAAUCAGUUUCAAGUACAGUCAAAGUUUGGGUUUUCAGCUCUUGCAAAUCAGUUUCCAGUGCAGUCAAAUUGUGGGUUUUCGGCGCCUGCAAAUCAGUAUCAAGUGCAGUCAAAUGGUGGGUUUUCGGUGCCUGCAAACCAGUUUCCAGUGCAGUCAAAUGGUGAGUUUUUGGCGCCAACAAAUCAGUUUCCAGUGCAGUACCCUGAAGUGAAUAAUCAGCCUUUGGUUCAGAUGAAUCAAUCUUCUACAAACCACUUCAGCACAAUUGGCAAUGAUUACCAAUUUCCGGACCUUGCAAACUGUAGCAAAUACUGGCAACCUACAGCACCAUCGAUGUUUCCUGAUCUUGGUCACAAUGAUGGGACAUCUUUCCGCCCGUCGCAGGCGAACAUCGCCAAUAUCAACCAGCUCUCAAGCUUUGCAGCCUCCAGUGGCCAGGAACCGAUGUUUGGAGAUGAACUACAUGGUCAAAUGUCACCAAUCAUGAGCACCAUAUCACUGUCAGAUUUCGAUGAUCAGAUGGGGUCAUUCAACAUAGGAAACGACACAAGCCCAGCAGAGAUGAUGCAUGACAACUUCUCACUUGGUAGUGACUCGAACAUCAGUUCUUCAACACCAACUGAUUCAAGCUUCGGUUCUACAUUUCCUGACUUUCAUCUCGACAGCCCUGAGAUGCCGGCUCAGAUGCUGAAUGGUGGGGAUGAAGAUGGCAUUCUUCUCCCUGUGCUCGAUGACACAGUUGAUCAGCAAGAUCUUUUUGAUCAACUAGAUGAAAACAAUGGUAGGGAAAAACUUGGUAGUGGCCGAUGUGUUAGGAAGGGUCCCUUUGAAUGUUUCUUUUAGAAGAGCAAUUGUAGGGAAAAACUUGGAAGAUUGGCUUGAAAUUGUUUCAAAGGUGGUGAGUGUCAAUUUGAAUGAUAAGCAAGACCAAUUCUUUUGCAAGAGCAAUAAAAAAGGGUUGUUUUA